UUCAACUUUUCCGUUACAUCGGAAUUUACUACACACAAACUUUCAACUUUUCUGAUGCAUGUGUAAGUGUGAGAUCUCACCAUGCUAUUGAUCACCAUUCCCAAAUAUCUAAGCUAGCUAGCUAGUUAGUGUGCCUCCUGAAUCCUGGGCUUUCACUAGCUAGUGCUCACUACCACACAGCCACACACAACAAAGCAGAAAAAGUAGCUCGCUAGCCAUGGACGCCGAUGUGCUUCUGGGCCAAGAAGAGGAUGAGGAAACCAUGAACGCCGCCAUGGCGGCCUCCACCGCCGGCAGCGCGAUGGCGGCGGCGGCGAGGGAGUACCGGAGGGGGAACUGGACGCUGCCGGAGACGAUGCUCCUGGUGGAGGCCAAGAAGAGGGUGAGCGACGGCAGGCGGCCGGCGGCGGACCAGGGGCUGGCGCGGUGGCGGUGGGUGGAGGACUACUGCUGGCGCCGCGGCUGCCGGCGCAGCCAGAACCAGUGCAACGACCGGUGGGACAACCUCAUGCGGGACUACAAGAAGGUGCGCGCGCACGAGCUCGCCGCCGCCGGCGGCGGCGGUGGCGGCGGGCCGGCGGAGAGCUACUGGGUGAUGGGCAGGACGGAGCGGAAGGAGAAGGGCCUCCCGGCCAACCUCCUGCGCGAGAUAUACGACGCCAUGGGCGAGGUCGUGGAGAGGCGGCCGAUGAGCUCCGGCGGCGGCGGCGGAGGCGCCGUGUUCUUGGCCGGCGCUUCGUCGUCCGGCUCCGGCGGCCUCGCCGACGUCCCGGCCAUGGCCAUGCAGGCCUCUCCUCUCGCUCAACUCCUGCCCCGACCUCUCGAGGCGACGGCGAACUGCAGCUCGGGGUCGCCGGAGAGGAAGAGGAGGCGGCCGUCGCUGGACAACGAGCCACCGGGGGGCAGCACGCCACCAGCGACGACAGGAAGGCAGGGUCACCAAGAACACGACGACGACGACGACGAGUACGCUCAUCAUGGCGCCGACGAGAGCUCCGACGACGACGGCGGCCUGGGCGGCGCGAUCGGGCGGUGCGCCGCGAUCCUGUCGGUGGCGCUGGAGAACCGCGAGGCCUCGGAGGAGCGGCGGCACAGGGAGGUGGUGGCCGCGGAGGAGCGGCGCGGGCGGGCGCGGCAGGCGCGGCGCGAGGCCGGCGAGCAGUGCAUGGCCGGGCUCGCCACCGCCGUGAGCCAGCUCGCCGGCUCCAUGCUCGCGCUCGCCGCCAAGCGCCGGGGCCCCGCCGCUCCCAAGUGAGCUCGACGAUCACGCAUGCAUGCACACGCAUCAGGUCACGCCGCCAUGCCAUGCGCUCGCGGCGAAGAGUUGGCGAUGCAUGUGAGUGGCUAGCAUGCUUAGCAGCUGUGUUCUCAUGGAAUCUGGCAGGUCGUCUAGGGUAGCAUAUGCAGCUAGCUAUGGCACGUACUCCUACCGUACGUCCUACAGACUACGCGGGUAUAUAUAUAUCCGUAUCAUUCUCGAUCGGCAGGUGAAUUGUUAAUUUUGUUCAUGUGUUGCAUAUAUACUUGCAUGGUUGAUGUGUGUUAGCUAA